AUGUUGAGUCCCAUCAGCAAAGCUAAUACUUUCUUGACACUGAAGCUGUUGAGGACAGAGAAGUCAACUGCAGGAUUUCGUAAAAAUAUGAAUCAAAAUCCUCCUAAAAGUGCAAUGGCCACUGGCAAGGGAAUUGUCCCAUCACCAACCAGUGAACUACUUCAACUACUCCUCAAAGAAACUACGAUGCAAGUGCUUCGAUUGCUAAUUCUGAUCACUUUGACCGUUCUGGUCAACGCUGCUCCAUGGGUACCAAUCGAAUACGACUCAAAUAGGCUAAUGAGAUCACCCGAAGUGGAUCGAGAUGAGUUUGUGGGCACACAAUUUAUGCCAAUGGGUAGCCAGAUCAGGUUUAAACGGCAGUACGGCUACUAUGGUGCUCCUGCCUAUCCGGGCUACUAUAACCCUCUUGGAACUGGUUCCGCCUGGGCCGCUGGUGGUGGAGUCGUCGGCAAUACGCUAUCAUUUCUAGUCGGAAAAUAA